CGUAUUCUUGGCCACUAAGUCUCGCUCCGUUUAUAAAAAUGUCUCGCAACAAGAGUACGAAGCAGACAUGUGCUAGUUAACCACACGAGGAGCUCUAAUUAGUUACCUAAUUUCAAAAGCGUUGUCUGAAUCCAAGAGAUGGAAGACGAUAUGUGGGCUGUCUCCUCUUCUGGUUCUUCGAGAAGCUAUCGAUCAGCAACGACAGCUGCUAAGUAUCAAUCUGGUUCUUAUCGAGAUUCGGGAGAAUUUGAUGAAGAUUAUGAUGAUGAUGAUGAUGAUGAUGAUGAUGAUGAUGAUGAUGUUGAAGUGGACUACCAAUGUCCGUUUUGCUCCGAUGAUUAUGAUUUAGUCGAGCUGUGUCACCAUAUCGACGAGGAGCAUCAGCUUGAAGCUACCCAUGGGGUAUGCCCGGUUUGUAGCAAAAGGGUGAAGAUGCACAUGGUGGAUCAUAUAACCACAUAUCACAGAGAUGUCUUGAAGAGUGAGCAGAAGCAGACAUCUUACAUGGACGAUCCAUACUCAUCAGAUAAAUAUCUUCAAUCUUUCCACGAUGACAUGCCGCCAUCUACGCAUACUUUUAAAACCGUUGCUGCCGAUCAGUUCGUAUCUUUCCUCAACAGUCCUCCAUUGCCAAAGCCAACCAAGACUGUGCAGGUUGAUUCAAGUGUAGAAGACAAGGCUUUGAUUGAGGAUUCCUCUACCGUAAAAGACAGGGCAUCUUCGACAGCUUUAUCGGAUACUGAACAACUGGAGAAGGCAAAGAAGUGUGAGUUUGUACAGGGACUGUUGUCAUCAGCCAUGUUUGAUGAUGAUGGAUGCGACUUCUUCUGAGAUUUAAAACAAAAUAAAAGCAAAAUAAAGAUGUGAAGCCUGUAAUGGCAAAGGCAAGUCAUUGGCAUUGUUGUAACUUUGUUCAGUUCUGUUUUAUCUGUUUCUCAGACAUUAAUGUAGGUUUAGUCUCGUAAUAUAUAAGCCAAUGCGUUUUCA